GUGCGUCUUCACAUUGAUCUCGCACUCUUCUGUGGCACUGCAGUCCUUUUCUCAAGUGCAAUGACCAGCGCAUACUAACAUACAGGUCUUCGAUAUUUACUGCCUCCGAGUCUUGCACACCCAACCUGAGACCCCUCGACAUCCCACGACCCCUUUCUCGCAAACCCAGUCCCGCCUUCCUCGGUCACACACUUGGAUAUUUUUAUGAGGAAGUAGUAGUUCUGUCGCACGAUGGAAAACUACCAGAAGAUAGAGAAAAUUGGUGAAGGAACAUACGGUGUCGUCUACAAAGCCCGUGAUCUGUCCAAUGGCGGCCGCAUCGUCGCUCUCAAGAAAAUCCGCCUGGAAGCAGAAGAUGAGGGUGUACCUAGCACUGCCAUCCGUGAAAUCUCCCUGCUCAAAGAGAUGAACGACCCGAACAUUGUGCGUCUUUUCAACAUUGUCCAUGCGGAUGGUCACAAACUCUACCUCGUCUUCGAAUUCCUCGACUGCGAUCUCAAGAAGUAUAUGGAAGCAUUGCCUGUGUCGGAUGGUGGCCGGGGCAAAGCCCUUCCGGAGGGGUCAACAAUGGACAUGCAGAGAUUGGGUUUGGGGAAAGAUAUGGUCAAGAAAUUCAUGGCACAACUCGUCGAGGGAGUACGAUACUGUCAUAGCCAUCGUAUCUUACAUCGAGAUCUUAAGCCUCAAAACUUGUUGAUUGAUCGUGAGGGCAAUCUCAAGUUGGCUGAUUUUGGCCUGGCUCGUGCUUUUGGUGUUCCCCUGAGAACAUACACUCAUGAGGUCGUUACCCUUUGGUAUCGUGCUCCCGAAAUCCUCUUGGGUGGUCGCCAGUAUUCUACUGGUGUCGAUAUGUGGUCUGUGGGCGCCAUCUUCGCUGAGAUGUGUACUCGAAAGCCACUCUUCCCAGGCGAUUCUGAAAUCGACGAGAUCUUCAAAAUCUUCAAGCUACUUGGAACCCCCGACGAAAACACCUGGCCCGGUGUCACGUCGUUCCCUGACUUCAAGACCUCGUUUCCUAAAUGGCGACGAGAAGCCACCAGCAAACUCGUGCCAAACCUCGAACCCGCAGGUCUCGAGCUCCUAGAUGCCAUGCUCGAAUACGACCCCGCCCACCGAAUUUCCGCCAAAGCAGCUUGCAACCAUCCAUAUUUCGCAGCUGGGUCUGCUGCCUACUCUCAACGUACCAACGGUGUCUCUCGACUGAAUGGCUUCCAUUAAGGGAUGGCAAAUGAGCAAUGAGAGAUGACAAUCAAACGUGAGAUAGGACAUUUGUGGCGUUAAGGGAAGAAGUGCAUGGGAAGGAAGAAUCUAUGCAUUUCGGUCUGCUUGAGUUUGGUUACAGCAAGGGCAAUGACUUUACACAGGUGAAAAGGUGUUAUGACCAUGGCAUUUUCCUUUUGUGUGGGAAGCCAUGCUUCCAGUGCGAUGAGGUGAGCUGACCCGGCGAAGCCUUUUCUUCUUUUUGCAAUUGUAUGUAUAAGACUCGUUUGGGCCUCUUACCCUGUAAAGCUUCUAUCAAAC